AUAAACACAUUGGCACACAUAUCUCGUUUCUGCAGGCUCCGGUUGGUUGCUCCCACCGUCAUAUCCACAUGGAUGUGCCUGUCAGAGAGAAUAUGGGCGGGCUCAACACGGUGACGUGGAGAGAGGCGUAGGCAACAGCUGAAUGAACAGAGAGCUGUGUAGUGUGUGUAUGCCUCUGGAUCUAAUAUCACCUACCUGUCCUUGUCACUCUGAUAGUCAGCCGAGGUAGCCGCUGUUUACAGCCGAUGCUAUGGCAGCGCUCUCUGGUCUAUUUUAAAGCGUUUCCAGUUAAACCAGAAAGAGGGAACCGCGGGAGGAACCGCUCAGCUGUGCGGCUUUUUUGGACAACUGAACACAUUCCGCAGACGGACUUUUCCGCCCAUCCUCGCUGUACUAGAGAGGACUUUUAUCUGCUUUUGACAGACAGUUGUGCGAUCUUUUACCCAUGAACUCUAUGAGGGAUCCUUUAAACAUAGACCAUCACCACCUUACAGGGAAUAAACUCGUCUCUACGCACCACACGGCUCUGGCGAUGGCCUCUACAUUACAGCCGCUGCAGCGGACAGUGGACUCUAAACACCGGUUAGAGGUGCACACGGUGUCGGACACAUCCAGCCCGGAGUCAGUCGGUAAGAGCCGCCGGGAUGCAGAUGUUCCCAAAAAAGAAAAAACCCAGAAUAAAAACGACGACUCAUCGGAUGACCCGUCCAAAAAGAAGCGGCAGCGGCGGCAGAGGACUCACUUCACCAGCCAGCAGCUGCAGGAGCUGGAGGCCACUUUCCAGAGGAAUCGCUAUCCGGACAUGAGCACGAGGGAGGAGAUAGCCGUGUGGACCAACCUCACAGAGGCCCGGGUCAGGGUUUGGUUCAAGAACCGGCGAGCCAAGUGGAGGAAACGGGAAAGAAACCAACAAGCAGAGCUGUGCAAAAACGGCUUCGGCCCGCAGUUCAACGGACUCAUGCAGCCCUACGAGGACAUGUACCCCAGCUACACGUACAACAACUGGGCCGCCAAGGGCCUCACGUCGGCCUCUUUAUCCACCAAAAGCUUCCCCUUCUUCAACUCCAUGAAUGUCAACCCCUUGUCCUCGCAGACCAUGUUCUCGCCGCCCAACUCCAUAUCCUCCAUGACUUCCAGCAUGGUGCCAUCGGCGGUGACGGGCGUGCCGGGCUCCAGCCUCAACAGCCUCAAUAACUUGAACAACCUCAGUAACCCGUCCCUCAACUCGGGGGUGCCCACGUCGGCGUGCCCCUACGCGCCUCCGACCCCUCCUUACGUGUACAGGGACACUUGUAACUCCAGCCUGGCCAGCCUGAGACUGAAAGCCAAGCAGCACUCGAGUUUUGGAUACGCCAGUGUGCAGAAUCCAGCCACUAAUCUGAGCGCUUGCCAAUACGCCGUGGACAGACCAGUCUAAUACCUACAUGCACUGCAAAAAAAAGAAAA